AUGGAUGAGAAUAAUCCUAUGAAAAAGCCAACUUCUAAAGUUAUUGAUUCUUUACAUUCACAGAUAGAUUCAUUGAAGAAUGAAUUAGAUUCAAUCAAGAUAUCUCAUGAUGAUUAUAAGAAGAAAUAUUCAAUUAUAGCUAAAAAAAAUGAUUCAUUUGUUGAUCAAUUAGCAAAUGCAAAACAUGAAAAUGAUAUGAUCAACGCAUUGUUGAAAAGAAAAGAAAGAAGAAUUACUGAUUUAGAAGAUCAAUAUAACGAAUUAUGUUCAACAAAUGAAUCAUUAAAUUUAAAUAACAAAAAUAUGAAGAUUAGAUGUGAAAAUUUACAAGAAUCAUCAGCAUCAUCUACUGCGGAAUUUGAAAGAUUGAAAAUUGCUUAUGAUGCAUUAAUUGCUUCACAGGUUGAAUAUAAAAAACAUUAUCAAAAAGAAUUGAAUCAAUUAACUGUUAAUUUUGAAGAUUAUAAGAAACAAAAUUUAGCUAAUUUUGAAACUUUAUCAAAUAAAUUAUUAAGUAAUGAUAAAGAUGUUGAUACAUUAUUAGAUAGUUUAACUAAUAAGAGGAAAACUAUGGAUAAUUUAUAUGUUAAUAAAAAUAAAUCAAUUUUAGAAUUAUUAACAAAAUUGGCUAAAACAGCAAAAAUUCAUGGACAAGAAUCAAAAAUUAUUUUAUCAAAUAAUGUUGAUAUUAUAAAUCAAUUGAAAUUAAAAAUUCCUGAUUUAGAAAUAAAAAUUGCUAACCAUGAAAAUAUUGAGAUUGAUUUAGAUGAAAUUUUAAAUGAUACCAAUGAAACUUUAUCAAACAGUUCAUUUGAUGAAGAAGCAACCUUAAUUAGUAGUCCCGAUCCUCAAAAAGAUGAUUCUAAUUCAAAUACUCCAAAGCAGUCUCAGCCAAUUCAAUCUUUGAGUAGAAAUAAUACAAUGUCUUCAAAGAGAAGAAAAAACAAGCGUAAUUCAAUUAGAUUUGAUUCAUCCAAAUCAUCAAAUCCUGAUUUUUCUUCAAUUAAUACCCCAACCCAAUUGAAUAUUCCAAAAAGAAAUAGUAUUAAUUUGAAUAGUCCAAAUACUACCCCAAGAAAUUCAAGUUUUAAUCAAUCUUUUGAUUCAAGAACUCCAACUCCUCCUGAAGAGAUGCAUAAGUACCCAAAUUACAACAAUAAUUAUAACAAUAAUAAUUAUAACAACAAUAAUAAUUUUAAUAAUGUAGGCAAGGUUCACAACAAUUUGAAUCACUUACUUUGA